AUGAGUGAAACAACAGAAUCAAAACCUACAGAUAGCAAGCAAACUACAAACGAACAGCCUACAAUACAGAAAAUUUCCCAACGUAGAAUCCUAAGGGAUGUUUUCUUUGUUGUUAUUGUAAUUGCUGGUAUUCUCGCUUUCCUAUUAUGGCCAAAAGCACAGGUAGAAAUUCCAAUGAGAACUUUAUCUCAACUUCCAUAUGUAUUUAAUGAAGAUUAUUAUAAAAAACUCGAUACCUAUCUUCAUCAACUUAAUCAUGAAAAGAUUCUUGUCUUAUACGGUCCCCAAGGUGUCGGUAAAACAGCAGGUAUUUUCGAUUUUAUACAGCGUUUGAACAAACAAGAAGGAAGACUUAUUAUUGAUUUUGAUUUCUCUCAAUUAACAAAAUACUCAAAUAUUUUCGAUUUAACAUCAUACCUUCAAUAUAAUGUUCUUCAUUCAUUACAGUUAUUUGUUAAAAAUACAAGAGGUGGAAAUCUUAAAUAUAUUUCCCCAAUUAUUGCAAAAUAUGACAACAUCUGUCCUCAAGGAUUUAAUCCAGUCGAUAUUUCAUUCAUUAAAGAUCAAACUCUUUACAAUGUUACAAAACAAUUCAAUGAUAAGCUUUCUUAUCUUACAAAAAGCCCACAGCUUGCUUCCAGAUCAUUCUUUGAGUCAUUGAACGCUCUUUCUGAUGUUGCUGGUCCAAUUGUUUUCGUUCAUUCUCCAGAAAUUUUGAUUGGAGCCAAAUCUAAAUCUGUUCGUGACGUUGUUCAGUCUAUUAUUAGCGAAGCUGAGAAGUCUGCAUUAAAUGGAAACCUCACAGUUGUUUUUGAAAUCUCAGAUUUGACAGCAUUUAUUGAUGGAAGAUUCCAUCCAGCUCGUUAUCAGUAUUUGCUUACAGAAGUCCAGGAAUUCUCACCAAGAAAUGCAGAAAAGCCAUUUAUUAAAGGAAAUCACUUUACAAGACAACAAUUCCAAGAGAUCGAACCAAUCUGCAGAGGAAAUGGAAAGUGCUAUUCAAUGAUUAAUACCAUGCUUAACGAUGGUAUGUCUUUGAAGGAUAGUCUUGAAGAAAUUGAAAAUGAUGCAAAACGUAAAGUUUAUUCAUCAUUUGCAACCCUUAAUAAUACAGCAGAUGCAUUGGGAUUCUUCAAGGAAAUUAUUACUAAUGGAAAUAUUCCAAUCGAGAAAUCCAAAGAAUUUUCUCUUCAUUUCUUACACCAUGAUGUUGUAUCGAUCGCUAAUAAUACCAGAAUUACAUUUCAGAAUGCUGCAACAUUGAAGGCAGCUAGAGCACUUGUUGGAAACGCUAAGAUUAAUAAAUAA